CCCUCCCUCCGCGGCACUGCUGCUUCCAACAACAAGCAGAAGCCAGCAACAUGGCCGACCUAGGAAAGAAGUACUGCGUAAACUGCCUUGCAGACGUUACGAAUCUCCGGCUUCGCUGUACUGACUGCCCAGAUAUCGAACUUUGUCCGGAGUGCUUCUCCGCGGGUGCAGAAAUCGGUAAUCACCGGCGAUGGCACGGUUAUCAGCAAGUCGACGGCGGGCGCUUCACCCUCUGGGGUCCCGAAGCGGAGGGAGGAUGGACUAGCAGGGAAGAGCAGUCGCUCCUCGACGCUAUCGAGCAAUAUGGCUUUGGAAACUGGGAGGACAUGGCCACUCAUGUAGGGGCAUCUCGGACUCCCCAGGAUGUCAUGGACCACUACGUCGGCAUGUACAUCCAUGGCAACCUGGGAAAGGCCUGCGUCCCCGACAGCAUCCCCAACCGGGUGACGGAUCACACCUGCCCCAGCGGCGGCCCCCUGUCCCCCAGCCUCACCACCCCCCUGCCUCCCCUGGACGUGACCCUGGGCGAGCAGCAACAGCUGGGCUACAUGCCGCUCCGCGACGACUAUGAGAUGGAGUAUGACCAGGAGGCGGAGAAGCUCAUCAGCGGCCUGUCGGUCAACUACGACGAUGAAGACGUGGAGAUUGAGAUGAAGCGUGCGCAUGUGGACAUGUACGUGCGCAAGCUCCGCGAGCGCCAGCGCCGCAAAAAUGUGGCCCGCGACUACAACCUGGUGCCCGUCUUCCUAGGCCGCGACAAGAAGGAGAAGCAAAGCACGCUGGGAGUUGUAGGUGGUGGUGGUGGGGGCGUCGUCGGAGCGGUGGGGAGCCUUCCGACGCCAACCACUCCCGCGGUGACACCGGGAGCUCCAGCCAUCCCGACAGUGCCGAAGCGUAAGAUCCCCAAGGAGGAGAAGGAGCAGCGGGUCAAGUUACGGGGGAUGUGCCAGUUCAUGGCUCAGCGGGAGUUUGAGGACUUGUUCCACAACAUGCACAAGGAGCGCGUGCUGCGCGCCAAAGUACGGGAGCUGCAGCGCUACCGCCGCAACGGCAUCACGCGACUGGACGAGUCGGCCGAGUACGAGGCGGCGCGGCACAAACGGGAGAAACGCAAGGAGAACAAGAGCGUAGCUACCUCGAAAACGGGCCGGGGCGGAGGGCUCGGCACAGGAGGAGGGCUUGGCGGAGGGACAGGAGGUGGCAGUGUGGGCUGCGGUGUCAUCAAAGAGGAGGGCAAGGAUGGCGAGUUCCCGGCCAUAGAGAACCUGGCGGGCUUCGAGCUGCUGUCAGACCGGGAGAAGGUACUGUGCAACUCACUUAACCUCAGCCCCACGCGUUACCUGACUGUCAAGACCAUCAUCAUCAAGGACCACCUGCAGAAGAGCCAGGGCAUCCCCUCCAAGAGCCGGCUGCCCAGCUACCUAGACAAGGUGCUCAAGAAACGCAUCCUCAGCUUCCUCACAGAGAGCGGCUGGAUAUCCCGGGAAGCAUCCUAACAAUCCAUUGGGUUUGUAGGGACUGGGACACGUCCUAACAAUCCAUUGGGUUUGUAGGGACUGGGACACGUCCUAACAAUCCAUUGGGUUUGUAGGGACUGGGACAGGUCAUAACAAUCCAUUGGGUUUGUAGGGACUGGGACAGGUCCUAACAAUCCAUUUAGUUUGGAGGGACUGGGACACGUCCUAACAAUCCAUUUAGUUUGUAGGGACUGGGACAGGUCCUAACAAUCCAUUGGGUUUGUAGGGACUGGGACAGGUCCUAACAAUCCAUUUAGUUUGUAGGGACUGGGACAUGUCCUAACAAUCCAUUGGGUUUGUCGGGACUGGGACACGUCCUAACAAUCCAUUGGGUUUGUAGGGACUGGGACAGGUCAUAACAAUCCAUUGGGUUUGUAGGGACUGGGACAGGUCAUAACAAUCCAUUUAGUUUGGAGGGACUGGGACAGGUCCUAACAAUCCAUUUAGUUUGGAGGGACUGGGACAGGUCCUAACAAUCCAUUUAGUUUGGAGGGACUGGGACAGGUCAUAACAAUUAUUUAGUUUGUAAGGACUGGGACACGUCCUAACAAUCCAUUGGGUUUGUAGGGACUGGGACAGGUCCUAACAAUCCAUUGGGUUUGUAGGGACUGGGACAGGUCCUAACAAUCCAUUUAGUUUGUAGGGACUGGGACACGUCCUAACAAUCCAUUUAGUUUGUAGGGACUGGGACAGGUCCUAACAAUCCAUUUAGUUUGUAGGGACUGGGACAGGUCCUAACAAUCCAUUGGGUUUGUAGGGACUGGGACAGGUCCUAACAAUCCAUUUAGUUUGUAGGGACUGGGACAGGUCCUAACAAUCCAUUGGGUUUGUCGGGACUGGGGGACGUCCUAACAAUCCAUUGGGUUUGUAGGGACUGGGACACAUCCUAACAAUCCAUUGGGCUUGUAGGGACUGGGACACAUCCUAACAAUGUGUAUGGAGUUUGUGGGGACUAAGGAUUGUAGAGGGACAAUGACUCUUGUUCUCUGUUGGAUUGUUGCGUCUCUGUGUCUUGUUAUAAACAAUGUGAGAUGUGUCGUAAGCUCCAGAUUGGACCAAGCUGAAUUUUACCACCUUUUGUCAAGUUCUGACCCAAGUCGUCGACCACCGGACUGUUUGUGAAUAUGUACAUUGCAAAAGAUUUCCCCUUUCUUAAAAAAAAGUUUGGAUACCAUUUACAGGAGAACGUGGAACAAAUAUAUAUUUUUGCAUUUGAAUCCAUAUGAAUGAUAAUGUAUAGGUAGAUGAUACAUUCUCUUUAUUGCAGUGAAGGAUCACCUAAUAUUAUUGGGCAAACCAGACAACACUGUUUUUCAAAGCUGUUCUCAAAGUAUAAAUAGUUGUGUAGUUUGUCUCCAGCUUCCUUUUAGUAUGGUCCCAGAUCAGUUGGUGCCAUCUUGCCAACUCCUAUGGUCAUUGGCAAAACGAUACAAACAGAUCUGGGACCAGGGUAGCUUCCUUUUAGGUUAGGAUGUUGUCUUGGAGAGCACAGGUUAGUGCCUAUUCAAACAGCAAUACAGUCGCACUGUGUUGGACAGCAGGGGGUAUCAUCAUCAUUCUUACCAUGAAGAGAUGGCCUGCUAAACAUAGAGGGGUCAGUAUUUGGCAGCUAACGCUUUCAUAAAGCACUGCGGUAAUCCCCAUUAUGACGCUGUAGCUUUGUGGUGUGUCAGGCUCAGAAUGUGGCACUGUGAGGGGAGCAGAUUAGCCUAACUCCUCCUUUCUGAUUCUAGUAGGCUUUUCACUCUACUCGACUUCUAAAGAAAAUAAAAAGCUUUAAAUAUCGGCAUUAACCAAUGACAUGCGAUCCUAAAGCACAAAUCAAAAAUGUUGCAUAUCUUGAUUUUUCACCCCCGGUUAAGUUUGCCUGGGGGGGGUGGCAGCGUUAACUGUGUGUCGUCCUGCCAGACUAGUUUUAGCCUCUUAAUGAAUACGGGCUGCAUGAUUAGUGUAUUGUGACUCAUUGCUUGCUGUUUUGUUUGCUAGUGUUCCAUCUAUUCAAAGGGAGUUAAGUCAUCAUUUUCACCUGCUACAUUUGCUUCAUCUAUCCUCCUGGUUUAUUGUUUGUUUACAGUCACAUCGUUCUCAAAGCAGGGGUUGUGAAACUGAAUGGGGAAAAUACAUUUUGUUGUUGGUGUUUAGAACCACUGGGUUAGUGUUCACAUAUGGCCUUGCAAGCACACUGUCAAAGGACAGAAAUAUUCUGGUAGAAGAGAAAAAGGACAACUGCCACAGAAAAGCGCAGUUGGUAUUAGACAUUGUUUUCCAUUAUGUGAAAUGUGUUUGUUCUAAGCACGGGUGCUUUAAAAUGUCCCUGGGCAUCUUCUCCCUGUGAUGUCCAGUUAGCCUGUUUAAAACUGAGGUGAACUUCAGUAGAGAUGUGGGUUGGUUGUAUAGAAACAGUAUUACAUUAGACACUGUGAAAUAAUGUUGUGACUGCAUUCGUAUAGGCCUUGAUAUUAGCAUUCCAUCAUAGUACAUUUACCAUACCACAGAGGAAAUAAAAAUGCUAUAUUUUUCUUCCCCAUAAGCCUCUGAGUAUCUGGACACUGACAAGGCCCCUUGGUUCUCCCAUCAUCUACUUGAAGAUUUUUUAUUUUUGUCCCAACAACUGGCGUAGUUUACAAUCAAAGACUACAUAUCUCCUUAUCUGGUUUAAGGUGAAAACAACUGUUCAAGGGUGUUAGUAUGUUCUGUAUUAAAAAUGAAAAUACUUUAUACUG